AUGAAAGCUUGGAAGCCCUUCUCUCUGGGCUGUGUCUUCUUCCCCCUACUACUGCUGCAGCAGGCCUGUGCUCAGUUCCCAAGAGAGUGUGUCACCACCGAGGCUCUCAAAAGUGGCGUGUGUUGUCCAGACCUGUCGCCUGUGUCUGGGCCUGGGACAGACCCCUGCGGCUCAUCAUCCGGCCGGGGCAGCUGUGAGGCGGUGACGGCAGACUUCCGACCCCACAGCCCCCAGUACCCCCACGACGGCAGAGAUGACCGAGAGCGCUGGCCCACCCGGUUCUUCACCAGGGCGUGCCGGUGUAACGGCAAUUUCUCAGGCCACAACUGCGGGACUUGCCGUCCUGGGUGGAGAGGUGUGGCUUGUGACCAAAGGAUCCUCAUAGUCAGGAGAAACCUUCUGGACUUCAGUGCCCAAGAAAAGAGCCACUUUGUCCAGGCCCUCGACAUGGCCAAGCGCACAACUCACCCCCAAUUUGUCAUCGCCACCAGGAGAUCCGAAGAAAUAUUGGGGCCGGAUGGCAACACGCCACAAUUCGAGAACAUUUCCAUUUACAACUACUUUGUCUGGACACAUUACUACUCAGUCAAAAAGACCUUCCUUGGGACAGGACAGGAGAGCUUUUCCGAAGUGGAUUUCUCUCAUGAAGGGCCCGCUUUUCUCACCUGGCACCGAUACCACCUCCUGCAGCUAGAGAAGGACAUGCAGGAAAUGUUGCAAGAGCCUUCUUUCUCCCUUCCCUACUGGAAUUUUGCUACCGGGAAAAAUGUCUGCGAUAUCUGCACCGAUGACUUGAUGGGAUCAAGAAGCAACUUUGAUUCUGUCCUUCUAAGUCCGAAUUCGGUCUUUUCUCAAUGGAGAAUAGUCUGCGAAUCCGUGGAAGACUAUGACACUCUGGGAACCCUUUGUAACAGCACUGAGGGCGGGCCCAUACGGAGAAAUCCAGCCGGAAACGUGGCGAGACCGAUGGUGCAACGUCUUCCCGAGCCACAGGAUGUAGCUCAGUGCUUGGAAGUUGGUUUAUUUGACACCCCUCCGUUUUACUCCAAUUCUACAAACAGUUUCAGAAACACGCUGGAAGGUUACAGUGAUCCUACAGGAAGGUAUGACCCCGUGGUUCGAAGCCUUCACAACUUGGCUCAUCUCUUUCUGAAUGGAACAGGGGGACAAACUCAUUUAUCACCAAAUGAUCCUAUUUUUGUCCUCCUGCAUACUUUCACGGAUGCGCUCUUUGAUGAAUGGUUGAGGAGAUAUAAUGCUGAUAUAUCCUCGUUCCCACUGGAAAAUGCCCCCAUUGGACACAACAGACAAUACAACAUGGUGCCUUUCUGGCCUCCGGUCACGAGCACCGAGAUGUUUGUUAUGGCGCCGGACAACCUGGGGUAUGCGUAUGAAGUGCAGUGGCCGAGCCGGGAGUUCAGUAUUUCAGAGAUUGUGACCAUAGGCGUCAUUGCUGCCUUGCUCCUGGUCGCCCUCAUCUUUGUGGGCGCUUCUUGUCUGGUUCGUGCCAGGAACAAAAUGGACGCAGCCAAUCAGCCGCUGCUCUCGGAUCAGUAUCAACACUAUGCCGAUGACUAUGAAAAACUCCAGAGUCCUAACCAAUCUAUGGUCUGAAGACCAUUGACCUCCUCCCUUGAUAUUUGCUACCGAAAUUCAUUCCUAUCACAAAACCACCCGGUGGAAAAUAAUAGAUCGGUCACUGCUCCUCUCUUUCACUGAUAUUGUCUUUCCUACACGAUGCGUAGGUUACAGUUUAGGCUCCAGAAGUGCUUUUCCCGACUCGGAUAGAGUCAUUAACAUGCUUUCCAAAGGGCUGUGUCUAUCAGCGCUCUUUAAGCCGGUGGCUUGGCACCAAGUGGGUGGAUGCUUUUUAAGCAGACUUGUGUGAACAUCAUUGGUAUCUUUUCAGGGUCGGCUUCUUGCUAAUUUAAAUAAACAGCUGUGCUUUGUGUAGGUUUAUGUGCCAUGGUAAAACAAAAUGAUUGAUAGUAAAGCCCUGUUUAAAAUGCAUGAGUAGGCAUUUCUACAGUGUUAAGAUGUACGUGCAUUCUUAACAUCGA